AUGUCAGUGGCAGCUGGGGCCCACUUUCUGCCCCGCAGUGUGGUGGAGUGGACUGCAUUGGUGCGCAGCUCGCUGCAGCUGCGGCUGGAUCAGUUGCACUUGCCGGAACACUUUUUUUACAAGGAACUCGGCAAUGGGCGUCGCUUCUCACACUUGCAGACAUGCGCUGUUCCACGCCAUACUCGGGAGAACGCUGUGCUGGUGUUGCUCUCACCGCCUGCUGGAGGCAUGGAAAACGGAUUUCGGGAGAUGUGCAUUACGCUCACAAAGCGCACGGAUAAGCUCCGCCGCCACGGGGGCCAGAUAUCGUUUCCUGGUGGGACUGUGGACGCCGGUGAGAUGCCUGCCGCCGCUGCACAGCGCGAAACGGUCGAGGAGGUUGGCAUCGACGCGCUGGCGUACGAUAUUAUAGGGUCAUUGCACCCAAUUUCCACUGUCGAUGGUGGCUCAUGUGUGCAUCCAUACGUCGCGGUUGCUGCAUCCUCUGUCGCACCGACGUGUGCCAGCCCAGACGAGGUGGCCUCAAUUCAUUAUUUACACCUCUCUCGGCUGUUAUUGGACAGUCAACAUACACACUGUCGUCUUAUUAAACUCCGUUCGUUAACGUCGCAGAAUCCAGCUCAUUUCCCCUGUUUCUUUGCCAGUGCGUCACAAACAGUGCCAUCUGGCAAUGUGUGCCCCACGGAAAACGUACCAGGAAUGCCAGAGGAUGAAGGCCUCGCCCCAAUGCUCCCAGAAGACUAUCCUGGUGAGCUGGUAUGGGGCAUCACCGCAUUUGUUUUGUGUGAGCUUUUGGUUCGACUUUCCACAGCAUUGGAGCAGAUGCACCCAAAGGAAGCCAAUGCGAAUGAAAUGCUGCGGGGUAGUUCCGUUGUUGCCCGAGAUCCGCAAGCUCCGAUGGGAAAGUUGUAG